AUGUUAUUUGAUCAUGUGGCCGAGAAAAGACAGGAGAAGAACUUCACGAUCUGGUUGCAGUCCCUUUUGCGAAAGUCUCCAGAGCAUCUGGCUAUGCAUCUCGCAGCAAUACAUCGCGCCGGCAAACCCAUAGCAGCGUGCCAUUGGAGAAAUGGUUCUUUCAAUAUCUGCUAUAAGGUCAAGUACGAUGACGGAUUCCACGCUGUGGUUCGAUUCGCUGCUCUGGGGAGGACUAUCUACCGUCGAGAGAAAGCUGAUAACGAGGUUGCCGUCAUGAAAUACUUGCGUCAAUACACUUCCAUCCCCGUUCCUGAUGUUCUGGGAGCAGGAACGUGCUGGGCAGGGCCCUACAUUGUCAUGUCUUUUGUUGAGGGAGAAUCAUUAGCCACCUUGCUCCAGGAUCCACUUCAAACUGGUCGACCCGUCCUGAAUCCAAGGAUAAGUGAGCGAGCGUUGAAAAAAGCCUACCGUGAAAUGGCCAAGCUACACCUUCACUUGUCAAAAUCAGAGUUUCAUCGAAUCGGAGCACUCGAGUGUAACGGAGAGAGUUUCACCGUUACCAAACGGCCGUUGACUUACAAUAUGAACGAAUUGGCCACUUCCGCAAACCUCCCCCCUCACGUAUUUCCUACGCAACCUUGCGACUCUGCGGACGAAUACCUCACACUGCUUGCCGAUCAGCAUUUUUCUCAUCUCCAGCACCAGCGUAAUGAUGCGAUCACCGAUCAAGAUGACUGCCGAAAGAAAUAUGUGGCCCGGUGCUUAUUUCGGAAAAUUGUCCAUAACAUCUCGACGGAGCAUUGCCACGGUCCCUUCCGUUUGUAUUGCGACGACUUCCGGCCCUCUAACGUCCUUGUUGAUCUACGAGAUCUUCAUGUUACGGGCGCUGUCGAUUGGGAAUUCACUUAUGUAGCGCCUGCUGAGUUUGCGUACAUCGCCCCCUGGUGGCUAUUGCUCCAAAGCCCAGAGGAGUGGGAGUCCAAUCUCCAUGAGUUCGUGGAGCGGUUUGUGCCACGUUUUCGUCUCUUUCUCGAGGCUCUGCGUGAAUGCGAAGAUGAGAUGGCGACGGAAGGAAAUGAUGGUACACCGGCAGAUUCGCCACGCAUGUCCGCCCGUAUGGAGCGAUCGCUCGAUAAUGGGCUAUUCUGGGUCUGUCUUGCUGCAAGAUAUAGCUCCAUGUUCGACGAAAUUUACUGGACUUUCAUUGAUGACAUGUAUCACGGACCCUUUACUUCGAUCGAGGAUCGAAUUGGACUACUGAGCGAGGAAGAGAGACGGGAUCUCGAUGAAUUUGUUCUUGCUAAGAUGAAACAUGUUGCCAAGGGGCCUCUAGAGACGUACUAUAGUGUGGACAAUUUGGUGGACCUCUGAUGCCCUCCUGUGUGAUUGUUAGAAAGAAGUGCUCAUGCUGUAAAGGUCUCCUAACGCUCAGACCCUCG